AGUGAUUUUGCCCUCCCAGCCCCAGAUCUCCUUUAAGACCAGGCUACAACGAUGGUGGCUACGUCGCAAGUACCCAAGCUCUUCACGCCCCUUACACUCGGCGGCAAGUUGAACCAAUUGACGCUGCAGCACCGCGUCGUGAUGGCUCCGUUAACCCGUCUUAAGCACGGCGAGGAAGGAGUGCCGCCCGAGAUCACGGCCACGUACUAUGGUCAACGCGCCACCAAGGGCGGUCUCAUCAUCGCUGAGGCCACCAACAUUUCGCCUACUGCUCGGGGCUACGUCGGCUCCCCCGGUAUCUUUAACCAGGAGCAGGUGGAAGGCUGGAAGCGCGUGACUGACACGGUCAAGGACAAGGGAGGACACAUGUUCCUGCAGUUGUGGCACACUGGCCGUAUGAGUCACCCGCUUAGCCAGCCCAACGGAGAGUUGCCGGUGUCCUCCAGCUCCAACGUGGACGUGUCCGGCACUCACAUUUACACCCGUGAAGGCCCCAAACCGCACGUGCAACCUCGUGCUCUGGAGACCCACGAGAUCCCGCUUAUUGUCCAGGACUACAAGAAGGCAGCUGAGAAUGCUCUUGCUGCUGGUUUCGACGGUGUCGAGUUCCACUGUGCCAAUGCGUACCUGCAAGAACAGUUCCUGCAGGACGGCAUCAACGACCGAACGGACAAGUACGGCGGAUCUAUGGAGAACCGCGCGCGUUUCCUGUUCGAGUCUCUGGAUGCGAUUCUCGAGGUGGUAGACUCCAGUCGUGUGGGUAUUCGCCUGUCGCCUUACGGUAUGAGUUUCGGCCAGUUCGAGUCUGACCCCAUUGGAAUGUACGGCUACGUCAUCAAGAAGCUGAACGAAUAUCACCUGGCGUAUGUUCAUCUCAUCGAGCCUCGUGCAUUCGAGCUGCACGAAAACCCGAACGCUGCGACCGACGGAUCCAUGACGCGUACUUUCCGUGGGAUCUACGACGGUGUCUUGCUGUCGGCAUCUGGCUACAACCGCGAGUUGGCUAUCAAGGCUGUGGAAAGUGGCGACACCGACCUUGUGGCUUUCGGUCGCUACUUCAUCUCGAACCCGGACCUUGUGAAGCGUCUAGAGAUCGAUGCGCCGCUAAACCCGUACGACUCGAAGACGUUCUACGCGCCGGGUGAGCUGGGAUACAUUGACCAGCCCUUCCUAGAGGAAAGCGAUGCGGCUAAGUCGUCUUAGGGUGAAUCUACUGCAUAGUGUAGAUGAAAGAGUACAAAUUGCUGUCCAAAAGGAACGAAUUGAUUUCGACUAAAGAAAGUUUUGCUACGUACGAUCUUAUCAUCGGUGCCGCGAUUACUAAUAUGACACUCCAACG